AAUUUAAUUAAAACUCCAGUCAGUAAAGUAUAUUAGUUUGGUUUCAAAGACAGACAAAUAAAACAAAAGUUGCAAAAACAAAGACUUUAUUCGGAUUGUUACGUUUCGUCGAGGUCCGUCACUUAUAAUAAAGAAAGAUGCGUUGAAAAAUUCGAGCACCAUUCUCAAAUAUAUGAAAGAGAAGAUAGUGAUGAGUGAUUCUACGCUUCCAACCGUUCCAGUUCCUUCGUCCGCCGUCGCGAAGAAAAAGAAAUCGGCUACCAAGACGACAACUUCUGCGACGAAAGUCCAUCCCAAGUACAGCGACAUGAUCGUCUCUGCUGUGAAGACGCUUCGUCGUCCGAAGGGUUCGUCUCGGCAAGCGAUUACGAAGUAUGUCCAAAGCAACUACGACGUCGGUACCGGAGCAGCAAAACACAUUUCUCGAAACCUUAAAAGUAUGGUUGACAAAGAUGAAUUGGUGCUUGCAAGUGGUGUCGGCGCAGCUGGUCGCUUUAGGAUCAACAAAUCCGCUCUUGCUGGCAAGGCUCGAACAACUAAACAGCGAAAGUCUCCUAAGAAGAAAAAGAAGCCAAUUACAAAAAAGAACAAGAGAAAGACCACGGCCAAAAAGCCAAGAAGUCCUGUUAAAAAGCGAAGUGCGAAAAAGUCACCCAAGAAGAAGCUUGUCAAAAAGAACAAGAAAACCGUAAAGAAAGCAGUGAAAAAGCCACUGAAGAAAAGAAAGUGAAUAACCAAUUUGGUCACAUUAAAACGGCUCUUUUCAGAGCCACCCGAUAUUAAAAUGAGAUCAUUUUCUGUCAUCGCCCAUAACUGAAAACACCAGUUUAAUAUGUCAGUUAGACGAUAGUUCAAUGUGCGUUAGACUUGGUUUUAAAUAAAAUAGGAUACCA